AUGUCUUGUACAAGCACUACCCUCUUCCUCCCAGAGCUCCUCGCCAAUUGGCCUUGGCCUCGAGAAAUCAACCCUCACUAUGAAGAGGUCAAAAAGGAGGCCGAUGCAUGGUUCCGCAGCUUCAAUGCAUUCUCCACUCGGUCUCAACUUGCCUUUGACAAGUGUGACUUCGCCCUUCUCGCAUCUCUCGCGUAUCCUCGAGUCUCGAAAGAGCAUCUCCGAACAGGGUGCGAUCUUAUGAUCCUACUAUUUGCCAUUGACGAGUACACCGAUAUGGAGCAUGAAAUUGCGGUCCGAGAAAUCAUUGACAUCGUCAUUGAUGCUAUAAAUAAUCCUCACAAGGCCCGUCCUGCUGAUGAGCUCGUCCUCGGAGAAAUUGCGAGACAGUUCUGGACUUUGGCGAUCAAAACUGCGACCAGGACUUCCCAGUGCCACAUGAUUGAGGGGCUGGUCGCCAACCUUGAAGCUGUCGUUCAGCAAGCAGCCGACAGAGAUAAUGACGAAUACUAUUCUAUUGCAUCUUACCUCGAGUUUCGACGAGAAAAUAUUGGUGCCAAGCCAGCGUUCGUUCCAAUGGAGCUUCACCUCGAUCUGCCGGAUGAAGUAUUUUACCAUCCAGUCAUCACCGAGCUGUCCCAAUAUGUCACUGAUAUGGUCAUACUGGAUAACGACAUGAACUCGUACAACAAGGAACAAGCGACCGGUGACGACCAUGCCAACAUAGUCACUGUCGUGAUGCAUGAAUUGCAUACUGGUUUGGACGAUGCCAUGGAGUGGAUCUUAAAAUACCACCGCGAGCUGGAGACGAAAUUCUUGGACGGGCUCAAACGCGUUCCUUCCUGGAGUUCCGAAAUAGAUCUACAUGUGCAGCAGUAUGUCCACGGGCUUGCUAAUUGGCCUCGGGGAAAUGACUGCUGGUGCUUUGAAAGUGGCCGCUACUUCGGAAGCAAGGGGUUAGAGGUUCAGAGAACUCGCCGGGUGCCACUUCUGCCGAAGAUUUGUCAGACAAGCAUCGAGACUCCAGGGCGAGAGAGUAUCGUAGUGCCGCUCAUAGACUCCAUGGAGGUGAGAGCAUGA